AUGCCUCUCACUGGACACUGUCUCUGCAAGGCCGUGACUUACACCGCAGAAGUCGACGAGCCCGCCAUCACCGCCUAUGACCACUGCGAUGACUGCCAGCGUCAGUCUGGCUCCACUUAUUCGCUGGUCGCCGUCGUCCCCAAGGACAAGCUGACCAUCAACGGCCCAAUCAAGAGCUGGGCUGGCAAGGGUAGCUCCGGCCAGGCCGUGCACCGCCUCUUCUGCUCCGAGUGCGGCUCCCCCAUUGCCCACGACCCCGAUGCUGCCCCCGAAAUCAUCGCUCUGAAGGCCGGUACUCUCGACACCGAGAUCAAGAAGACCCUCAAGCCCACCGUGGAGAUCUGGUGCGCCAGCAAGCUCCCCUUCUGCCAGGAGAAGCUCGAGAAACCCUUCCAGGGCAUGCCCGAGUAA